AUGACACGAGACGAAAGAGAAGCUCUAUCACAACGUGUUUGCAACUUCUAUACUGACUCUUCAAAUAAUUCCGUAAAAACUACGGUAAACUAUUUCAAAAAACAAAAUAUUCCGCAAACAACGAUUUAUAAUAUAUUACGGAAGUAUCGUCAACAUGGAACCACGAAAUAUCUACCAAAAAGUGGUCGACCGUGCAAGAUUUCAGACAAGCAAUUGCAUAGGCUCGUUAAAUCUGUAAAUAAUCGAUGUGGUGUUAGUCAACGAAAAUUAGGACGACGGUUUAAGGUACAUUAUUCAACUAUUUCACGUACCUUAAAAAAAAGAACAUCAAUCGUUUUCAGAAAACGUCGAAAAGCUCCAAAAAUGGACAACGAAGACCAAGAAAACAGAGCAAGAAAAAAUUGUGGAAAAAUGUAUCGCAAAUUGUUAAGUGGUUGUGAUGUUAUUUUAGAUGAUGAAAAAUACUUUAAAUUAAGUGGUAAUGAUGUUGGUGGCAAUGGUUAUUUUUAUUCGACGGAUCCUGCCACAACUCCUUCAAACAUUAAAUUUCAAAAGAAAAAAACAUUUGAACCAAAAUUGAUGAUCUGGAUGGCUAUGUCCUCGAAAGGGGUUUCUGGUGUGUACAUCCACAAGAGUAAGCAAGCUGUUCGUCAAACCACAUAUUUAGAAGAGUGUAUUAACAAAAGACUAAUUCCUUUUAUCGAAAACUAUCAUCAGGAUGGAAAUUAUAUGUUCUGGCCCGAUUUAGCGAGUGCUCAUUACUCAAAUGUUGUGAAGGAACGUUUGAACGAGAAAAACGUACCAUUCGUUCCUCGUCCGAAUAAUCCUCCAAACGUCCCACAAGCUCGUCCAAUUGAAACUGUUUGGGCUCUGCUCGAACGAAAGGUGUAUGCAAAUAAUUGGGAAGCAAAAGAUUUGGAUACAUUGGCUCGAAGGAUCAAACUAAAGGCAAAAGAACUUGAUAAAAAAAUGUUGCAAGCUAUGGUUGAAGGUGUUCGAAGAAUGCUUCGGGCUAUGUGGCGGGACGGAUUAUAUUCAGUUUGUUAA